CUAGCAGCAUCCACCCGGCGGCAGGCGGGAGCCAGCGAGGCCCGGAAGGCUGCAGAGUGCGCCAGCCACUCGGAAUCUAGCACGCCCCUGCUUCUCUUCGUCUUCCUUCGCCUCCCACCCGCCAAAGGUCCAACUGGUCCCGGCGCCAAGCCUAGGGAGGGGGUUAGGAGCAGCCGCGCCCCCCUCCCCGCGGCAGCCGCCCCCUGCUCUCCCAGCUCAGCUCACUGCCGCGUGCGCCCGGGCCCGUGCGCCCCGGCAGCGCCAGCCAUGUCGAUGCUGCCGUCGUUUGGCUUUACGCAAGAGCAAGUGGCGUGCGUGUGCGAGGUUCUGCAGCAAGGAGGGAACCUGGAACGCCUGGGCAGGUUCUUGUGGUCGUUACCCGCCUGCGAUCACCUGCACAAGAACGAGAGCGUGCUCAAGGCCAAGGCGGUAGUCGCCUUCCACCGCGGCAACUUCCGCGAGCUCUACAAGAUCCUGGAGAGCCAUCAGUUCUCGCCUCACAACCACCCUAAACUGCAGCAGUUGUGGCUGAAAGCGCACUACGUGGAGGCCGAGAAACUUCGCGGCCGACCCCUGGGUGCCGUGGGCAAAUAUAGGGUGCGCCGAAAAUUCCCGUUGCCGCGUACCAUCUGGGAUGGCGAGGAGACCAGCUACUGCUUUAAGGAGAAGUCUCGGGGCGUGCUGCGGGAGUGGUACGCGCACAACCCCUACCCUUCGCCGCGGGAGAAGCGGGAGCUGGCCGAGGCCACCGGCCUCACCACCACCCAGGUCAGCAACUGGUUUAAGAACCGGAGGCAAAGAGACCGGGCUGCCGAGGCCAAGGAAAGGGAGAACACCGAAAACAAUAACUCGUCCUCCAACAAGCAGAAUCAACUCUCUCCUCUGGAAGGGGGCAAGCCGCUCAUGUCCAGCUCAGAAGAGGAAUUCUCACCUCCCCAGAGUCCAGACCAGAACUCGGUCCUUCUGCUCCAGAGCAAUAUGGGUCACGCCAGGAGCUCAAACUAUUCUCUUCCAGGCCUGACAGCCUCACAGCCCAGCCACGGCCUGCAGGCCCAUCAGCACCAGCUCCAAGACUCUCUACUGGGCCCACUCACCUCCAGUCUGGUAGACUUGGGUUCCUAAGUGAAGAGAUACUGGGGCCUUGAAGGGAUGACCGGAGCAGCAACCAACCAGAGCAUCUAGGGGCACUUGUACAUAGACGCCAGGGACAGUUCUGCAGCUUGUUUCUGGGGUUCUUGGCGCAGAGAGGAACCACAGGCUUUCACAACUGUCUUUUUAAAAAUUACAACCAACAGCGAUCUCAGCUGAGCAGACUCUCCCGACUCUUAAAACCCUUGCAUUUCCCCUCCCACUAAAAGGUCAGGAAACAACAGAACCACCCAGGCUUCAUUCUGGGCGACCCGGGCAUCCCUUCUUCCACCUCUUCCUCUUCUUCCUCCUCCUCCUUUUUGUGAACAGAAAUUACAAAUCAACUGGAUUUUAAUUAUAUUCUUUUAAUUUAUUUAUGGAGAAACGGUUUAGGGAAGAGGAAAAGGAAAUGGAGAGAGAGAGAGAGAGAGAGAGAGAGAGAGAGAGAGAGAGAGAGAGAGAGAGAGAGAGAUAUCAAAAUAAUGAAAACCUCAGUCUGAGGGGAACUGGCUGCCUUCUUAAGAUGAAUAGGAAAACUAUAAUCACAACUGUUUUUUGAUGGGAAGAUUAAGUUUACAUUUUUCAUAUUUAGUGUUAAAUAAUUUUAUGUAGAUUAAAAUAAAAGAGCAGUAUUAGUGAGGGAAACAAGUGCCUAAAUGUCUUAAUGCUCUCUAUGGGAGGCGGCUAGAGUAGCAGCCAUGUUAGUGACACAACUAUUGUCAAUUUUAAUGGGGGCUUUGGUGAUCGUUUUCUUGUUGUUUUUGUUUUUAAACUUUUAUGACAAACUCUAAAUAUGUACCAACGAGGGAGGGGGAAAACCUGAUUUCCUAAAUGUCAUCACUUCUUCCUCAGAGACUUUCCUAUCUUUAGGCUGCCUCUGUCCAGAGGGCUCUGCUACUCCUAGUUUCUACUUGCAAGGGGGUGCCAACAAAUCUGGCAGUCUGGUAUUUGUUACUAAAAGAGCGUGUGUUUUUAGGCUUCAUUUCUAUUGUACCUAAACCAGUCUACAUUAAAACUCAGUAGCCCAGCAGGAGUUUGAUUCUGUCUCUGAAAGGUGAGUUGUGUAUUGCUGUCACCGGGCCUGUUGAAAAACAAGUUUUCUUGCUUUCUUAGUAGUAGUCAUGAAUUGCAGGGUAUUUUUGAAGUCUUAUCACCUGAAACCAAGAGGAUAGUGGCUAGGUUAACAAUAUGACUAAAGAAAAGAAAUUUAGCCUCGGGUAUUUAUUUAUUUUUGUUAUUUAGAAAUGCAGUUUUGUUUACCACUGUUUCUUCUCCACAGCCUUCAUAUGUUAGCUUGGCUCUUCGGUGUUAGCAACUUAUGAAAAGACUGUGAAAGUAAACGUAAUUUAUCUGUUUUUUAUUUUAAAGGGAACUCGAAUAAGAAUUUAAAAUUAUGGAUUGAUUUGUACAAAUAAAAACGCAGGCCAUUGGAAGCUCUUUUGUCAGAUAGUGUCCAAAAAAAAAUCCCAGUAAUCAUGAAGGCUCCAUGUUCUUUUUGCCUGGGGCAAAAUGAUGUAUCUUAUGUAUUUAGCUUUUAAAACUAGUGAAGCAAAUGGCAUUAUUUAUUAAAAUUCUACUCAGGAUAACAGGA